CUUGGAGGCAAAGCUGCCCUCGGUCGGUGCAGUCUGCCACCACAGACAGCAUCGUGCGUGCGGGGCUGAACGCACGCAUAGCUCCUUCUUCUCUCCGCAGGCUCUGCCUCUGAUCUCCUUCCGUCAAGUGUCGCUGCUGAAGAGAAGUCAAACGGCAUGCUGAAAUAGCGCGGGAUGCUGUGGAGUGACAACAUCGUGGGAGGAAGGCACAGUGUGAACCAGAGGGAGGUGGAACAUAAAUGGCUUCUCCGGAGCGCAUUGCCCCCAUCGACAGAGGCAAAGAGCCCGAAACUCCCGAUGCCCUUGACCGGGUUUCCGCCCCAGCGCCAGCCCGCAGGUCAAGGGGAUCAACAGGAGGAGCGUUCCCGCGGGAGGGCAGCUGCAGCCCUGCUGCCCGCAGCAGCCAGAGCCGCUGCCUUUCAGCACCAAGGACAGCGCCGCGCAGGGCGGCCGCGGACGGGAAACGCUGCACCCUCGAGGGGGAGAAAGUGCGAGUUUGUUGCGACAGGGAAUUAGAGACAUCUUUCACCUUCAUUGAUGAGAACGUGAACUUGCGCCUGGCCAGUCCAGAGAGCAGCUGCAAAAGUACUCACAGGCCCGCGCGCAAUGGCGAGCCUUUCUCUGAGACUUUCCCGGAGUUUUCCUUCAUGUCCGAGGAUGAUCUUUCCUUCGGAGAAGGCUCCGGGAGCUCCAUAGACUACGGCUUUAUCAGUGCAGUCACGUUCUUGGUGACUGGGAUCUCCUUGGUGAUCAUCUCCUACGCGGUGCCUCGGGACGUGGAGGUGGACCGAGACAGCGUCUCUGCCAGGGAGAUGGAGAAGCUGGAGAUGGAGAGUGCCCGGAUAGGCGCCCACCUGGAUCGAUGCGUCAUCGCGGGGCUCUGCCUGCUCACGCUGGGCGGCGUUGUGCUCUCCACGCUGCUAAUGAUCUCCAUGUGGAAGGGGGAGAUGUACAGAAGGAAAGUAAUCGCUUACUCCAAGCGGUCAGCAAAACUGUACGGCUCCAUCAGCCUGAAAACCAGAUCAAGCCCGAGUCACUCCUCUGCGCACCUGUCUGUGGAGGAGAUGGAGGAAACGGUCGCGUAAAGCCUGUAGCCUAACCUAAAGCUGCAUCCACUAACAAACAUUCAUCCCAUUUCUCUUUACAUUGUUGCCAAAUUGCAUCAUACUCGAAGGAACAUAAAAUCCAACAAAAUGCAAACAGUUAAAAUAGCUUUUUGUGACUGGACCAAAGAAGUCUUACCCACAAUGCAAUUUUUCAUAGCCUCUAUUCAUUAUUGAGGGUAUCCAUAUUUAAUGUGAAAGUUUCAAGAGCAGAGCUGCACACAGACACGUUUCAGGAACAGGAGUAGGUCCCCAGGGCUGCAGAGUGGGAGUAAGUAUGCCUCCAGUGCCGUCUAGCUGCUGUGACUGGAGAAGGGUGGGAUCAACUCAUGGUCCACAUGCUAAUAUUCAGUGACAAGUCCUCCUGAGAGCAGUGCUUAUAGGUAAGCCAGGCAUCUGAGACAAAGCCCCACAAGAAUAAAACAUUUUCAAACACGUAGUAACUCAUAUUUUACAUUAUUUAAGCCCUUUUUUUUCUCUCCUUGUCAUCACUCUUUGCCCUUGGAGCCUUACAUCUCUCAGCACACACAGAUGUCAUUAACUAGAUAUAUUUUUUUUAGCAUAACAGGGUGCUGGACGUUUGCAACCAAAGUGCCUGUGACCCUUUUAGUUUGAUCAGUCUGCUUUUUCUUCCCCAGAUUUGAAGAUUUGCUUAAUAGCAGAUAAUCACAAAUGAGUUGCUUUUCUCGCAAAACUUUUAGCUGACACAAGUUCAAAGAGCCAAUUAUCUCUCAAAUUUAAGAUAAUUCUUCAAUAGACAGAUAAUCCCUAGGUUUACUGUUCUCUAAAAGCUUGCCUCUAUAGGUAUUCUCGUCCUGUAUUUGGGUUUUUAAGUGUCUUAUUUCCCUCCAAGUUCUCCAAACAUAAGUCAAAGCCCAGCAUAGAUAUUUGUUCAGGGUUGUAUCAAAUUUGCAGUAGCAAAAGUAAUCAAAAUUAAUCACAUUUUGCUUCAAGACUAUCUGACCUUCAAAGCCAAACUCACUUUACAUGUUGCAUUUUGACAAAUAAAACCAUCCAUGGUGACUGCUUAUUCUUACGAAACAUUGGAAUCUGUCUGCGUCAUAUGAGCUUUCCACUAUUCUCCUUUGCUCCCACUUGCAGAUGGUUUACGUUGGAGGUUUGGUGAAGGAUCAAAACAUAUAAAUGGUGCUUUUAUCAUUUAAAAAUGUUGUGCUUCUGUUUGAGACUGUUUUUAUGAGGCUUUUUUAUGAUGUUUCUCCUCAAUCUGGAUGGCUUUAAUCAAACAUUACCUACAGAGAAUGAAAGAAAAUCCUCACAUUUUCCUGAAAGUCUUUUUUUAUGUGUGAGGUUCAUAAAUGAUGCAUGAGCCUCGGUAUUUCAGUCAUAUUUGUGAGCAUUCAGCCAAAUGUUCCUUCUGCGAGAAGAGUGCUAAUGAUUCUAAUGCAGUGUCUCUGUUACCUUGGUUUCCGGAUUUCUCAGGCUUUGUGACCCUGUUUCAAGGCUUAUGUUGAAAACGACAUGAGUCAGCCUCUGUUAAUGAGGCGUGUAGGCUGACUGCUCGAGGUCUCGUUGUUGCUGUGCUUUCCUUCUUUUGCGGCGCUUCAAUGUAAACAUUGUCACAGUACAUCGGUGCUUUAUGAUUGCCAGCCAGCACACGCAACAGAAGAGAAGGGAAGAGUCACGGCAUGCAAAGACGAGUCAGAGGGAGUCUGUUUCUGUGCCUGCAGCAGUGAAUUAAUAUAACUUUAUGUUUCUGUAGCUUUUUAUUUUACUUUUGUCUUUCUUUUUUGGUCAGUGGAGCUGAAAAGUGUGUGUCCAUCUCAGUAAAACAGCUGUUUAAACUGCAAAAAUGCAGAAAGUGGCAAAAUUUAAAUAAAAAGAACAAGUGAAA